AUGUCGGAUCCUCUCAAACAAACAUGGCUUAUCACCGGCGCCUCCUCCGGGCUCGGUAAAUCGCUUGCCCUCGAAGCUUUGGCGAAAGGACAUGCCGUUCUGGGCACAACCCGCGAAGUACAAUCGGCACAGCAGACAUUUCCCGAAUUCGAACAAAAUGGCGGUACUUGGAUUGCUUUGGACCCUGGCAGCAUCGAUGCAUACGACCAAGCAGUCCAGAUAUCCGAGAAUUACGAGAUCGAUGUUGUGGUGAACAACGCCGGCUAUGCAUUUAUUGGCGGCGUGGAAGAUACAAGCGAGGACGAAGUGCGUGCACAGAUGGAAGUCAACUUUUACGGUCCUCUUCGCAUCAUUCGGGCAUUGCUUCCAAGAAUUCGGGCGAAAAGGUCGGGAAGUAUUGUCUUGAUGAGCAGUGGAGCUGGAUUCAUCGCCAGACCAGCUCGAGGCACGUAUUCCGCAAGCAAGUUCGCCAUCGAGGCUAUUCACGAGUCUCUCUCUCACGAAGUCGAGACCUUUGGCAUUCGAGUCUUGAUUGUGGAACCGGGUGCCUUUCGAACGCCUUUUUCGAGUCGCAUUAUCACGCCUGCUCAGCAUCAGGGUAAUGGAGGGUUUAGCCAGGGGUAUCAGGGUACUGCUGUUGAACAGAUGGUUCGAGGGAUGAGUAACAGUACGGAAUUUAUGAAUUUAGUCAAAGGGGAUCCUCGGAAAGCUGCGAGGGCGAUAUUGACUGCUGUUGAGGGAGGACAUGAGUACUUGAGAUUGCCUCUCGGGGCUGAUUGUGUGAUGGCAUUAGAGAACAAGAUUGGUAGUUUGCAGAGGGACUUGGAUUUGACGAGGGAGAUGGCGAGUUCUACUAGUGUCGAGGAUUGA